AUGUCAAUUAAACAAUAUGUUCUCGAGUUCCUCAACGGAGAGAAAAUGAUAAAGGCGAUGCAGGAGGGUGAGCCUGAGAUGGCGAAACAGCACCAAGCCGCAACCAUUGUGAAGUUCCAAAACGGUGGACCGUCCGACUUCAGAAAGGUGAAGCCAAAAGAUACAACAUCCUUUGCUUCACAAUCUACUUCUUCAACUUCAUCAAACGUUAUUCCAGUUGCUCUCCCAAAACCAGCCGAAUCUCAAAAAAGUUAUCCUAAAAUUUCACAGCCCAUUGAUCCAAGUACCGUGGAGCUGUUUACGGAUUCUGAAGAAGAUGAAGCCGGUCCGUCAGCAACUUUGGCUCCUACCACGUCAUCUUCGUCUUCGCCUCCUUCGUCUUUGUCUCCGCCGGAGAACCUUGCCACGUCGUCGGCACCUGCUCCAGGAGUAUAA